AAAAAAAUCCGCUGCUUUUUCCAGGACUCUCCCAUCUUCGUCCCUUUACCUCAAAGCUGGUAUCCUCGCUCACCACGCGGCUCGGCGAGUCCUCCGAGCGCUCGGCAGUCGCCUUCGAGACACCUCCCUGUGCGCACGCGUCACUCGAUCACAGCCGCCGGCCGCGAAACAUGUCUACCAACGACGGACCAGCUAUCUGCAACAGCUGCAAUGCUGUCAUUGCAGGCAGGAUCGUAAAGGCCCUGGACAAGAAGUGGCACCCCGAGCACUUCACGUGCAACACGUGCCGCAAGCCCAUCGACGGCGCCAAGUUCCACCAGCACGACGGCGGCGUGCACUGCGUGUCGUGCUUCGCGCAGCACCAUAGCCCGCGCUGCCACGGCUGCGGGGAACCCAUCACUGACCGCGUGAUCCAAGCACUCGGCGUGUCGUGGCACGCGCACCACUUUGUGUGCGGCGGCUGCAGGAAGGAGCUGGGCGGCGGUGGCUUCAUGGAACAGGCUGGCCGACCCUACUGCUCGUCGUGCUACGCGGACAAGUUUGCGGCGCGCUGCCAAGGCUGCAGCAAGCCCAUCGUGGACAAGGCCAUCAUCGCGCUCGACGCCAAGUGGCACCGCGAAUGCUUCACUUGCAACAAAUGCCGCAACCCCGUCACAGACUCGACAUUCUCCGUCAUGGACAACAAGCCUCUCUGCGGCAAGUGCGCCUAAGCACCACCACAGACCACAUUCAUAACCCACUCGUUACUACCUAAGAUUUAGCGUCAAGUGCACUUAAGGCGAAGCUAUUAUCACCCGUGUUAAGACAAGAUAUGGUACAACGUAUGAAUAUGAGCAUUUAAGGGACAUGUAUUGUUAUGACAACGGUUUGCUUAUUUAUGAUGGUUAGUCGUCCAUACGUUUCAACUUUUAACUGUGUUUAGAGAUACUCAAAACAUAUUUUAUAGAGUAUUUUACGCACGACUUAUGUUUGUAAUGAGAUUUUUUAAAAUAUUUGUACAUGAUUCAUGGAAUAUGUCAUUUAAUUUGAUAAAUAAGUCACAAAACGCGUUCAAAGUACGAAAUGCCUUAGCAUUAGGUACACAUACAUUCACCAAAACCAAAUAUACCUACAUAGCAGAAAUAUAAGAAUGUAAGGCAAAACUAUGACAGUAUUUUAAGAUAUUAACGGAUAAUUUCGAGAAGGCCAGAAAGACAUUACAAAUGUUGUAAAUAUUGUAAUAUCGCAAAGCGAUAUAACGCUUGAAAAGCUUUUAAAAAACUAUUUAUUCAUUAUUUUAAU